CAACUUGAAAAAGAAACAAAUGAAAUUCUAACAGAAUUGACAAAUUAUGAUAAAGAAAAUAUUAACCUGGAAGAAAGAAGAAAACACGCAAUUUCUAAACUGAAGAAAGUGACAAUGACAAUUUCUACA